GUGAUGAGACUAAAAAGUGUUUUCAUCAUUUUUGUAAAGCUUUCAAAGGUCGUUCAUUUUUACGGUUCGAAGCAGUAUUUACUUUUUAUUGAGAAAAAUUAUUAUUAUUUCCAACAUACUAACGUAAUUUUUAAUAGAGCACAGAUCGUGUGAAAAAAUUUUAAACAUGAAACCAGUUAUUUUGAUCAUCUGCGCAGUACUGAGUGCAUUCGUUUUCUGUGAAAAUAAAAUAUUUAAAACCCAGACUACACAAUACUCAAGUUCAAUUAAUGAUCAUCUCAAAAAAUUACUUGGAACCUGUUUUCUGAACCAUACGAAUCCUAUAAUAUCUGAUGAACAAUUUAGUGACAUCAUAUAUGAAGCCUUAGAGGGAUCACAGUUAUCACCAUCAGUAAUGCUGAUCAAUGAAGAUUUCCAAUCAAAACCACCCAAACCACUAUUUCUACCGGCAUACCCCAGCUAUAUAUUAUCAGGAAAUUCGCCGCCAAAACUAAAAUCUAUUCUCACACAAUUAAAGUCAUCGCAAUGGUGGAGUAUAGAAUCCAUUUUCAUUUCGGUGGAUUUGGGAACAAACUCGUGUAAAAAUGCCCAAACAUCUCUUCAAGUCUUAUGGGAAAUGAAUUUGUUAUCUUCAUUUUACGUGUGUAUCAAAAACGAUUUGAUGAUUUACAUGUUCAACCCUUUCACCAAUAGAGCACCGGAAUUAUGGACAGAAGUAGAAAUUAAGAACAAAGAAUCCGAUGAUCCGUGGACACUCUAUAGCCAACCAUAUUCAGAAGACCAAGAAUUCCAAAAGAGUUUAUUUUUCGACAAAACGAAGAAACUUGCCGGCUACAAGAUAAAUGCUGUCGCGAAUACUGUGCGGAACAGAACGUGGAAGCCUAAUAAAAUUUAUAAUCUAACGACUAUGCAAGACAAACUUGCAUCAAUUCAGAAUCAUUUGUUCACAUCAAUGUGUUCCUACAUGAAUGUAACGCCACUGAUUUAUUUCGAUUUACCAGGUGCGCCAGUAUCCUCCAAAGAAAUCGGUUUUGUAAAAGGUCUAAUAAACGGAUCCUAUGAUAUUGCUUUUUCUCCGCGCCCCGUGGGAGAUGAUUACAAUGUUUCAUAUAUGUUUCUGAUGAGAGAUGUAGGACUCGUGAUAUUGACUCAACAUCGUAAAUUCUUAACUCCCUUUGAAAAAAUCAAUCGGUAUUAUAGCACAGGUGUUAUACUGCUCUCUAGUCUCGUCCUUGCAAUGACAUCACUAUUGAUAACUAUUUAUUACAAACGAAAUUUUGUAGAGGCUUCGACAGAAGUUCUGAGAAUGGCUCUCAGUGCCAGUAUAGAAAUACCGUUAAUUACUUUUCCAAUCAGAAUAUACUUUUUCGGCAUUUUAUUACUAAUAUUAAUCAUCAAUGCGACAUUUCAAGGACACAUAGCAUUAUUUCUAACAAAACCUGAACGUAUAACCGUUGAUAGUUUGACCAGUUUACACGAAUUAGGGUACAAGCUUUACAUACCUCGUAUAGCUUUGAAAUCUUCAAUUUUUAUGAAACGUAAGAUCAAUGUUGAGCCUAGUAUCGAUUGCACACAGCGCGUUCUGGACGAUCCCAAUGUAGCUUGUAUUGGAGACACAAAUCGUCUAUUAGCGAUCGCGGAUAAUAAUGAUUCUUUGCAUAUCUCACCGAUAAUAGAUCGCUUCAUGCCUGUGAUCUUAAUUCGCGACGAUUGGCCGUUAAGAAAUAAAGGUAAUGACAUUCUACGGAAACAUGCAGAAUUCGGGCUGCAUGAUUUUUGGGAUCAUAAAUUAAGUAUAGAUCCGUUAAAAAAAUUGCAUUCCAAAGAAUCAUUGUUGACCGAAGCACGUUAUCGUCCAAUUAAAUUUGAGGAUGUAGAUUUUGCUUUUAUAAUAUUUGGAAUCUGUUUGGUGCCCGCGACAAUUGUUUUCACUUUCGAAAUCUAUUAUGGAUAUUAUGUAUAUUGCGAUUAAUUAUUAACGUUUAUGUGACAUUAUCUGAUUUACGAUUUUUAACCUUCGAGUGUAACACUAUAAAUUGUGUGUUUGUUCACACGAUACGUUAUGUACGCAUGCAACUAAAAUAAGCCAAGGUAACCUAGGAAGCGCAGACAAUUGGCGGGUAUAGAAAUGAAAACUGGAAUUUUGUUUUCAAAAAUGAAUUGAAAUAGUAAUUUAUCAGUUAAU